UCUGCAAUUCUUUCGUUUCGAUUGUUUACUGUUUCUUUACUUUCUAGGAUUUCAUGAACUCGAAUCACUAUUCUUUUGCUUCCAAAUUAUUCAUUUGUGUGUUUAGAGUUGGUAGUGAUUGGUAGUGGAUGUGUUCUGGUUAUAAUAGCGAACAGUGGAUGCAUUGUUGCGAUUGUGCUCUAUUUGCUCGAAAUUUAGUGUGAUCGCUUUCGUAUUUAAUUAUGGCAGAUUUUGAAUUUGGAAUGUGGUUAAUUUUCUCGGCCACGACUCAAUGUGAUGAAUUUCAGAUCAGUAUAUCACUCCAGCUUAUUUGAAUUGUGUGAAAUAAAUAGAGUAGAGGAGUAGGAGGUGCAUAUGAUAUAUGAAUCAGUGAAGAAUAUUGUUCUCAUUAGCUUUGAAGUGAUGAUCCUACGGAAAUUCAAGUUAUUUUGAUACUGGAAACUAUUUCACACAGGGUUCUAACUCAGUCAUGAGCGGCUUUGAAGUUUCUAUGCCAAUGACUAUGAUGUUAAUGAGGCAAAAUCGAGUAAAUCGCUAUGCUGCUCGCGGCGCUAAUCAAUACAUAAAUUCACUACUGUCAAUUUUAUCAUUCCUAUGUCUUCUGACGAUGGCAAUCGUUUUUAUAGGAUAUCUCCAUCAUGCAUCAGGUGGGCAGGGAAGUAUCACAGAUGUUGAGAAUGACGUUGAAGGUGAUACAUUUUGCACUUCGGAAGUUCAAACAACAAUAACAUUGCUAAAGGAAGUAUAUGACUAUAACAUGAACAAAGUGUUAUAUGUUGGCCCUGAUACUGGUUCAGUGAUGCCCGAAUUGCUCGAAGACAAGGAUGAUUAUGUAGAUUGGGGUAUGGAUCCAUAUGACACCGAAGGUGCUGAUUCGUGCUGCUGGGAUCUCAUUGAGAGAGAAAUUGUCCAUGUUUCUGAUAUGAAAUUUCCGCUGCCUUAUCGGGAGAAAUCAUUUUCUCAUGUUAUAGUUUCAGAUACGUUGGAAUAUAUGUCUUCAAGAUACCUUAACGAAACAAUUCCCGAGUUUAUGAGGGUAUCUAGAGAUGGUAUUGUCAUAUUUGCAGGUCAUCCAGAUUUUCCAAUUUCGAAAUUCAACAGAUCCAGAUACAACCGCCAGGCCAAACUCCGAAGUCCUUCUUGGUGGAAAAUGUAUUUAGCUCAAAGGAAGUUUGAAGAAGAUGCUGCUGCUAAAGAGAGGCUUAACAAUAUGUUAAAAGACAUCUCAUUCGAACCAGUCUGCCAAAUCUUUCUUCUCAAGUCAGAACCAUUCCAUUAAAACUAUUGAUUUUUUCUUUCUUUUUUGGUCCAAUUCUUUAGCCAAUUGAAACCAUGCUUCAAAUUUAAUUAUCAUAGUCACUCAUUCAUUUUAGAUUAGUAAAUUUAUUUCCAAGUCUUUUUAGGUUUAGUCUGACAAAUAUCAGACCUUUCGUUUGAUAUAAGUAAGUAAUCAGUCGAAACUGUUGGCAUGAGUUUGCUCCAUUGUUUUUGGGUCUUCUGUUCCGUUCAUUUUUUCCCCUUUGUAAAUAUGAAUUCUUACCAAAUGGUAUCCAUAUUUCAAUUUUUUCUAGUGGAAAUAUGGAUGUGAAUAAGAAUCAUUUUUCUUUUC